AUGGAGGUCGAGGGUUCUUCGCUUCCUUCCAACUACGUCACCAUCCUGCAGCUCAAAGAGCGAUGGUUCCAACAACACCACCAAAAUCCUGCAAAAUCCAAGCCUCAUGACGAUGAAGCUAGUUGUCAACCAAGCGGCGAAGCUGCACUUAGACGCGUUCCUCUUCAAAGACCAAAUCGCCCUCGGGUCAUUAACCAAGUCAUACCGGAGGUUUCCGUAGAUGAUUCUGGUUCUAAAACUCAAGUUGAUGCUGCGGAUAAUCAUCCAAAGGGAGAGGAAGAGCAGAAGACUGACCACUCCAACUCCAAACUCUCAAAGAAGAAAAAAAAUUCCCGAGCUCCAAAACCUAGGUCGGGCACUGACCAAAAUCCAAAGGGAGGUGGCUCCCCACUGUUGGUACCAGAAGAGGUGAAGGAGAAUAAACAAACUCAGCACGUAGGUGGACGCCGGCGUCGGCAUCUGGUCUGUGAACCCAAUGACAGAAUGACAGUAUUUGCUCAGAGUGUGGACGACUUAUCGCACAGUGAUGCUCGUGGUCAUGGCGUCGUUGAGGCUGUUGCCGCUACUGUGCACGUCCCUAUUGUGAGCCAGAGAGCAAAUAGAAGAUCGGGUGCAGGAAGAUACCAGGGAAAACCAAAACCCAAGCCUUCGUCGGAUCAGAAUGUGGUCUGCGAACCUAAUGACAAAAGGACACCAUUUACUCAGAAUGUGGAUGACUUAUCGCACAACGAUGUUCGUGGCGAUGGUGUAGUUAAAGCUGUUGCUGAUUCUGAUGUGAAUGUCCCCAUUGUGAGCCAGGAAGCAAACAGAAGAGGGGGUGCUGGAAGAUUCCAGGGCAAACCAAAACCCAGACCUAGUGAAUCCUCCUUUUUGGCGAGGAAAGGGAAAAACUCCCUCGUAUGGGUUAAAAAAGGAGAAUCUUCGACAAAUUGA